CGCCCAACACCGCGCAAGCAUGUCGUGGAGGCCGCCGCUAGGCGACGGGGACGGUCAAAUGGAGCCGUUCACGAUGAGCCGCUCGAUACGAGCGCCGAUCCACAAGCGCUUCUUCUUCCUCGCGCGCCUCGACCCCGAGGGAGCGGUUGAGAAAUUUAAGUCGACGAAGGAAGCGUUCGCCAGGCGGAUGGCCGAGGCCGGUUUCGAAGGUUUCGACGUGAAGAAGUUGAGCGUCCCCGAACUGAAGAAGGCGUACGACGACUUCACGUCCACGGAGUUCAAACCGGACCGACGUCGGCUGAGCUCCGUGGAGGAUUUCUUUCGAUACACCGAAGACGAAGGCAAGCGUUUCUUCAACGAGAUGGACACGGACGGCGACGGGAGGCUCAAGCUCGACGACCUCAAGGUCGCGAUGCGGAAGCGAAAUUUACCGCAGUGGUACGCCAAGGCGUUCAUGGAGAAGGCGAAGCCGACGUUUUUCGCGAGGACGAUCGGCUGGGAAGAUUUCAAGAGCGUGAUGGACGAGAGAGAGUCCACGAUGUUACGCGCGUUCAACAGCCUCGGUCUGAGCAGGAGCGGGACGAUGCGACCGGCGGACGUGAAACAAGCGCUGACGCGUCUCGGUUUACCCGCGACGGACGAGAACGCGGCGGCGAUGUUAAAACACCUCGCGAUGGGCACGGAAGGAUACGUCUCGUACGGACAGUUCCGUAACUUCCUCAUGCUCCUCCCUCGGGACGUCGCGUCGUCCACGGAUCCGUCCGUGCUCUGGUUCGAGUCCGCGACGAUGAUCCAGCUUAACCCUCCGGAGAAGGGCCGAAGCGCGACGGUGAAGCUCGCGAUUCAGGCUGCGAUCGCGGGCGCCCUCGCGUCCGGGACGUCCACCGCGUGCAUGCACCCGCUUGACACCUUGAAGACGCGCAUACAAGCCACCGUAGGCGCGGGACCAGGGCUGAAGGCGUUCUUCAUGAACAUCAAAAAGAUUGGCAUUCGGCCGCUGUACCGAGGUAUCUUCCCCGCGGUUCUCGGCGCCGCGUCCGGUCACGGGCUGAGGACGGCGACGUACGAGGUCGUGUGCAAACUCGCGGCGCCGCUCGCGAUGUUACCGCUGAUAACCGAGAUCCAGAUUCAAGGUUUCGGCUCGGGCGUCGGCACGCUCGUCGGCACGGGUGUGCGGAUCCCGUGCGAAGUUCUGAAGCAGAGGUUGCAGACGGGGCAGUACGAGAACGUGAUGGAGGCGUUCAAAGCCGUCACCGCGAACGGGCCGAAGGGUUUAUUCGCGGGCACCGCGGCGACGCUGUCGCGUGAGAUCCCGUUUUACGUCAUAGGCUUGGUCGCGUACGAAAAGCUGAAGAACGCGGCGCGCGCCAUCAAACGCGGAGACUUGACCGCGGUGGAGACGAUCGCGGUCGGGGGCAUGUCGGGCGCGAUCGCCGCGGCGUGCACGACCCCCGCGGACGUGCUCAAGACGAGAGCGAUGACCGGAGGCUCUCCAGCGGGUGAGGCGAUUUGGAUCACGGUGAGAACCAUCGUGCAGAAGGAAGGGCCGGGGGCGCUCAUGAAGGGCUGGAUACCGAGGAUGGCGUGGAUCGCGCCGCUGGGGGCGAUGAACUUCGCCGGCUACGAGCUGGCUAAAAUAGCGAUGCAGAAGAAGGACGGCGAAGCGUCUGAGGGGGUCAAAGUGAAGGAGGCGGUCGCGAGCGGGCAGACUGUCCCGGCGGCGGCGGCGCAAAAGGUGGUCGCGGAAGCGUCCAAUGCCUCGAGCGCGCCGCUAGUCGCGGCGGAAGACAGCGUCGACGCGGUGGUGGACACCGUGGUCGACGAUAUCGAUAGUGAACGCGAAGAAGAGAUCGCGGCGAUCGUCGACACCCCGAUCGAAGACAUCCCGUUGUUUACGAAACUCCCGGAGAAGCCGGACGAAAAGCCGGGCGGAAACGGGACGGCGCCCGCGUGACGCGUUGUUAUCCGAUCUAAGGUUACAAACUC